AUGGCCGGACCCGAGGCCUCCUUGCAGGCUCUGCGCCAGAGGUUCGUGGAGGCCAAGUCCAUCGAGAGGCUCCCAACUCCAGGCAUCCUGGCGCCAUGGACUGACAUCGAGCACGUCUUCACGAUCGUGCCCCAUCAGUUACGACGAGACAUUGAGCAAUUGGAAUACCUCGUGUCAAAGAAGGUCCUUUCGCCUGACCGGCAGCGCUUUGUGCAAGACCAUGCCCUGCCGGAGUUUCGGCGCGUCCUCCUGCAUGUGUUGGUAGCUGCUGGUGGGAUGGAUGCCUUUGUCGUCACGCCCCCCCAGCCUCAGUUUAGCAUCUUUUUCGCCUUGCAGGGCCGCGCCUUUCACCUGCAUCCGGGUCACCGUGUGGCUGGUACUGCCGUCGCCGCGGACCUGGCGAUGCUUGGCGUACGUCAGUCCAGAAGGCCAGGCGGCGGGGAGUCGGAGUUUGAGGGCAAAGAGCACCGAGUGUGCAUGGUGGAUGAUUUCUUCACUCCCGUCAAGUUUGGCCACGUGGGCCCCAUGACUGACUUUAGAAAGUUGAACUUUCAGGCACCGCGAUUUCUAGAUUGCCGCCGCAGGUAUUCCUACAAGCCAGAGGUUUUGAAAGGCUGCAGAAAUGUGGCGUGCACCUACCUCGACACGGGCUUUGCUUCGGCGUUGGUCAGCCAAAUUGAUGAGGAGCUCAGGCAGCAACUGCCUCUUCUUGGCGGCAAGGAGUUGCACAACGCUUGGGCCUACAUGUAUGAUGGCUCUCUUGGUGGCAUUGACACCCAUGCAGACGACUGCCAAGUACAGAUUAAUUUCUUCAUCAGCCCAUCUUCUGCAAACCUUUGGUUGGAAAACAAAUCCCUGCCGUCCGGUGGUUUGGUUCUCUAUGGCGUGGGCCCUCCAGCAGAAUGGAACUACACCGACUACAACAGCAUUGUACAGAAUCCUCGAAUCGAUGAGAUUCUGCAGACGACAAACUAUUGGAAUGUGACCAUCCCGUACGUUGAGAACCGCGCAGUUCUUUUUGAUUCCACAUACUUCCACAAGACAGAUUGCAUGCGUUUCAAGAAGGGCUACAAGAAUCGUCGCAUUAAUGUGACCUUCCUCUAUGGCCGGCGAAAGGCCUUGGUACCGGCACCAGGCUUGGGCUUUCGGGGGCAUUGGGAUUGGGAUCCUCCUCUCCUCGAUGUGACAGGCGUGGCCUGGUCUGCAGAGGCACAGUGCACCAUACCGGAAGAGCAGGAGCAGCUGCAGGACCGGAGUUUGCCGGAGCUUUAG